AUGCGCUGGGACAUACGUGAACUGCCAUGGGAUAAGUUCGUGGACAGGGUGCGCUCGCAUUACGGCGAAGAGCACUUUCCCGUCGGGGUUGCGCCGAGGAGGGAAUUCGAAGUCAGCGGAGACGGCAGUUACGAUUUGCUACCAUCUGCCGGUGUGUUUGUAUCUGUUCGUCGCGGCGACCUCGUAUGGUACACGGGCAGUGUCCGCCGGGACGAUUACAAGAUGGCACAUCAGCAUCGUCUGUUCGAAUACGGACCGGCACUCACCGAGGACAACGCGGCCGAUGUUACGCCAGCAACCGACGCGGACGAACUCGAUGCGGACGAGCACCGCCCGGACGACCCGGGCGCUAUCGCGCCUUUGCGUGAUAUACAGCUUUGGCUUGGCGAAGUGCAGGAGGUCUUCAGCAUGGAGAUUGUGGAGGACGGCGUGUCUCUUCGCCGUACGUACCUGGGCUUGCGCGGUUUUGCCACAGGCGGGUGGCUGAAGAAGGCGUUUCCCACGCGCUGGCGACGGAUCCAAGACUUGAUCGUAAGCUUGCAUCCGCGCGAACACGUCAAGACGGACUUGUGGGAGUUUUGCCGCGCCCACGACAUUGUCGCAAAAGCUGCCCCGGUUGCGCUAGAUGACUCGGGCAUGGACCCACUGCCGCCGUUGGCCGCAACUGAUACCGCUCGCGCCUUUGUGAAGCCCGGUGUCGUACACUUCGCAGACGAUAUCCGAAACGGGAAGCAACAUCGACCGCUGGAGUUCCGUACGCCUCCUGCUUACAGCCCUAUCGCAUGCGAAGCGGAGAGUUGCGCUGCUCACGCCGACGAGGAAGAUGGGGACCGGCCGGUUCGUGCCAACGAGGAGGCCGAGGAGCGUUUCGCUCGCGCAUACAGGCGUGGCGACGACGAAAUGGCUCGUUGCCCCGUCUGCCUCAGCUGGUUUCACGUCAAAUGUUUGAAACUCGCUGACCCAGACGACAAGUGGAGUCGAUUGCGCGUGCAAUGGAACGGUGGACGCCUUCAAGGUCCUCCAACGAGGCGGGAGCCCAAUCUCGCUCCGGCCGAGUUCCUUCCAGCUGCUCGCGACCUCUGGGUUCGCGCCGACCCGCCCGUACGUACCUGGGGUCGCGCCGCAACGGCUGUAUCUCACGCGACAACGAGAGCAAUGAAGGAGAUUGGUCCGCUGGGAGUGACGGACGGGCUUGCAUAUCGUGCCCUCUGCGCGUCCGUUAUGCAGCGGGGGGAUCAGUUUACGGAUUGGAUGACUGAAACGGAAAGCGCAGAAUGUAUUGGUAUGAUGGAAGGGGACAAGCCUCUCGAGGACUACGAUAUGUACAAAUGUGGCUGCUGUAACAAUGUAAUGUAG